AUGUCUUUGUGCAACCCAACAAUGGACUUGAAAUUUGGUUCCCAGCUGAAAUGCAGCAUGCCAGUUCCAGUCCAGGGAGGACCCUUUUCUGCUCUCCAUUUCUUCCCCCGUCCAAAUAGAUCCUUCCCUCUGCUGAGCCAAGAAGAGCUGGUGGAGACCUUGGAUGGGAGCCCCUUUGACUUGAAUGACCUCAGUCCUGGUCUCUUUGUGAGCAGUGACUCCUCCAUGCCAGAUUCACAGCUGGUCAGAAGGAUAGUCUCGCAGGUGGAGUUCUACCUCUCUGAUGAGAACUUGUCCAAGGAUGCCUUCCUCCUGAAGCAUGUGCAAAAGAACAAAAUGGGCUUUGUGAGCAUUAAACUUCUGACAUCCUUCAAAAAGGUGAAAUAUUUAACCAGAGAUUGGCGAGUGACCCUCUAUGCUUUGCAGUUCUCAGAACUGCUGGAAGUCAAUGAGGAAGGGACAAAGGUGAGGAGGAGAAACCCCAUCCCAGGUUAUCUGGUAAACAUCCCUCCAAGCAAGAUGCUCCUGGCCUGGAAUGUCCUUCCAUAUGAGCAAACAAUCCCUGCCUCACUUCUCUUCCAGACAACUUUUCUUGACAAAAUCACCAAGCUCUUUGGGCCUUUUGGGGAUAUUACCUCCAUUCGUAUCCUCCGUCCUGGCAAAAAGCUUCCUUCCGACGUGAAGAAAUAUUCAUCACGGUACCCAGAGCUGUUGACCAAAUGUUGUGCCUUGGUAGAAUAUGAGAGUUUAGAGAGUGCCCGAAAAGCUCUUGAAGAGCUUGGCCACAACCAAGCCUCCUCUCCUGGGGAAGCUAUAAAAGUCGUCAGCCUCUCUGGAAGGGGCUCCAAGAAGAAGAGCGCAACCAGUCAAGAUGAUAGUGAGGAGGCUGAGGAGAUGGAGAAGCCUUCUAGGAAGUGGACCCAUAUGCUGCCAGAAGGCCUCCAGCAUGCUCUUGAUGAUUCCUUCUUUUACAGCUCAUCCACAGAGUCAGAUAGCACCCCAGUGUCUACUCCUAUUCUGCCUCGGAAUUUCCUCUCUGCUCCUGUCUGGCCCACCACCAACUUCUGCAAUUCUGCUAACCAGGUCUUCAAACAAAACUUCUUCAGCAUGCCAUAUGCAGGUCAUCUCUCAUUGCACAAAUCCCUGCCUUGGCCUUUCUGCCCACCACCUAUCUCUGCACCCAAGCUGGGCAAUGCCACUUUGGAAUCACGAAAGCCACCCGACUUGUGCUGUGACACAGGAGUAGAUACUGGAAACCCGUGGAUGUCCAAACGUCGUGGACCAGCCAGCAGUCAACUUCUUCCACAGAAACCUGAGUCCUUGGGCACAGGGGCUGCUUCCAAAAGGAUGAGUGAAUUUCAUGGUGCACGGCCAGGAGUGAUUCGCCUUCCGCAAGGGCCAGAUGGCACUAGGGGUUUCUACAAUACCAUUGGGAGGGGAAAAUUUAUCUUGAGGCACUGAGUUUUCUCUCCUUUUGAGGGAUGUAAGCUUUAUAUAAGAAUGUGGUGUGUUUGUAUCAUUU